AUGUCGGCUCCAGAGAAUCCACAGAAUGGCCAAGGCGUCACAGUCGAUUCAAUGCUUUCUGAAAAUCAGGCUCCGGAAGUGAAGCGUGAGGAGUCCCCUCCAGCCAAAAAACUCAAAACUGAGAGCUCUGUUCCAAAGCAUAAAGAUGCACCAGUCCACGAAAUUGUCGGUGGUUCUUCAGUCAGACAGUACUUGAACAAGCAUUUGACUCAGCAUCUACUAGAGGGACUCAAGAAGGUUAGCAAGGAGAAGCCAGAGGAUCCAUUGGCGAGCUUGGGUCAGUUCUUGAUUCAGCGUUCUGACGAGCUCAAGAAGGCUGAAAACGAGUGA